UAUAUAAAUUUGAAUAUAAUUCCGGAGACAAUGGUUAUUAAUACUUGACAGUCCCACACCUUCUCCAAGUAGCAUCAUCAGCCAUAUCACAAUUCACAAAACAAACCUACAUAUCUAUAUUUAAUUAUUAUUAUUAUUAUUAAUCAUAUAUAAUAAUAAUAAUAAUAAUAAUAAUAAUAUAUAAGCUCAAAACCAGAUGCCUCAAAUCCUAAAGAUAAAACCAAAGGAAAGAAGAAGUGGGUGGGAAUAGAAAUUUUCAGGUCCAAAGUCCAAAGAUUCAGAGCCAAAGAUAUAUAAGAAACUAUAAGAAGUUUCCAGGAAUCAAGGGUCAAGAACAUGUGACCACCUACACCCCUUGAGACAAGGAAACAAUAACCUCUCUAUAUUUUCUUUUUCCCUUCCUUUUAUUUCUUCCUCUAAUAUUUAUUUUUUGUUUCUUUUUCCUAACAAGCUCCAUUUUUUUCCUUUUCAUUUUCCCUUAUCAAACAUUACCACAAAAACCUACCUUUUCUCCCAUUUUACAGUACUCACUGUACAUACAGCCUUAUAGUUAUAAAAACCCUAUACAGCUUUUCAUGGUCUUCUUUUGGCUACCUCAAGUAGUAUAUAGUAUUAGUAACUACUACUACUACCAGAAAUACAUUCUAUAUAUCUGUUAUUAUUAUAGUUCCAGCAGUUUGGCGCAAAUGCAAGCUAAAGAAGGUCAAAGAUCAAGUAGCAGUAGUAGUAAUAGCAAUAUUAGCAAUAGUAGCAGCAGUAGUAGUAGUGGUUGUUGUUGUACAAAAGAAAGCGGAAAACGACAACGUUUUGCGGGAGCUAGAGCUGCUGCAGUUUUCUUCUUAUGGGUCAUCUUAAUUUUCCCUCAUUUAAGCUUAUGCGUAGCAAAAUCCGACGCCGACAGACUAAGCCGGUUUCUGCCGAGAAAAGCUCGUUUUGUAGAAACGACCGCAACAGCAACAAUGACAACAACGACAACAGAGACGGUGUCGUUUCAUGCUUCUAAUCUAAGUCCCAGUAGUCCUGAUGAGUCUGCAGAUAUGAUAAAUGGAGAUGAAAAAAGAUUGAUUCACACAGGUCCAAAUCCUCUACACAACUAGUAAGGGUUUUUUUUCAAAAAAAAAUGUAACAUUAUGUUUGUUUUUUUCAUAAAUUAAAAUUAUAAAAAUGAGAUCGAGAGCAUAGCUGUAGCCUUUUCAGAGAGAUGGGUUUGGAGAGAGAGAGGUUAUUAUAACAUCAAUUCAAUAUGGUAAGAAAAGGGAAAUACGGGGAGGCUAGUGUUAAUGCUCUUGUUUCUUUUGCAGCCUUUUUUUCGAUGUAUAACUAAUGUACUAUGAGCUUAAUAUUAUUAUUAUUAUUAUUAUUAUUAUUAUUA